AUGACAACUCAAUCUGCUGUUUACGAUGAUAUUCAAGAAGGUAAACCACGCAUAAUAUCAUAUGAUGAUAAUGGUAUUCGUACAACAACAACAACAACAAAACUUGGACCAGAUCCAAAUGUAAAACCUAAAGAAACAGUUACAGUACGUACAAUUGAUCAUCCUGAUUCAACUGAAACUGUAACAGUUACUGAAAAAAAAUUACCACCAAUACGUUAUACAGAAACAAUAACACGAGAAAAAUUACCAAAAAAAAUUCCAACAUCACGAGUACAAAUAAUACAACCUACACCAACAAAUAGAUCUACAUCAGAAAUAGUACGUCCUACUAGUGUAAUACCAGAUACUUAUAUAACAAAUGAAAUUCCACCAACUGCUAAAACAUAUAAUAUUGUACGUCGUGAACGUAUUGUUGAUGAACCAACUACUGUUGUUUAUCCUGCAACACGUCAAGAUCGUGUUAUUGUAACACAACCAGGACGUAUAACAACACCUCGAGUUAUUAUGCGUUCAACUCCUGAACCAACAUCAUAUAUUCAAGUACAAAAUCCUCGUACAACACGUAUUGUAGAAGUUCGUCAAGGACCAUCACCAGUUAUUGUUGAUGUUGCAACACCACCAUUAAGAACAACAACAACUACAAAAAAAACAACAAUUGUUAAUGAUAAUGUUCAUGAUACUUUUGUUGACGAUAGUCGUACACUUGUUAAUUAUCAAGAUGAUUAUUAUUCAACACGUCGUGUUGGUCAACGUUCAGAAUGGUGUGGUAAUUGUGGAACUGAUUGUUUGGGUUGUGGUUGUUUUGAUGAUUGUUGUGGUUCAAUGAAUUGUUGUCGAACAAAUUCAUUUGCAAAAAGAAAAGAUGUUGUUUCAUAUAGAACAAGAGUUACCAAAGAUGGACGACGUGUUCGAUAUCGUAACGCUGAUGUACCCGGUUAUCGUUGUUGCAAUUGUUGUACAGGUUGGUGUUCUCGUUUUUGUCCAUGUUGUGCAUGUCUCGAAUGGUUUUGUGCUUGUCCAUGUUGGCUAUGGUUAUGUUGUCUUCUUCCACUUUUACUUGGUCUUCUUGGUUUAUCAAUUGGUUUACUUACACAAUUACCUUCGAUCACAUCUAAUACGAACAAUGUGAAAACAUUACGUGUAAUUGAACAAGUAAUAAAUGAAACAUGGUAUGUCUAUGGACUUGAUCAACCAUGUCAAGGUAGUGCAACAACAUUUCCACCAAGUUUAUCAACAAUAACAACAUUAAUACCAUGUGCACAAACAACAACUAGUUGGGCACGUAUUAUACAAGCAACAACAUUAAUAACUAUAAGCAAAAGUUCAAAAACAUUAAUAAAUAAUAAUUUUCUUUUCAUAAUUUUAAUUUUUUUAACUUAUAUUUAUCCUAUCAAUUCAAAUUCAAAUCAAUACAAUGAAUUACGUGUAACACAAACAUAUAAUACUGUCUUAGCUGUAUUAGGAGAAAAUGCUGUUUGUCAACCAGAUCGUAAUUUACCUGGUGUACCAUUAUAUUGUGAUCAAACAACAACAAGCUUUUCUGUAACAGCAACAUCAUCAUCAAGUACAGUUUUUGCUAUACAAGUUAAUCGAAGUAAUCAUCUUGAUUAUGAUUAUAUAAUUAUUAUUUUAUUAAGUUUUCUAUGCUUUGUUAUUCAAAAAUAUUUUCAAUUGAUUAUACGAUCAAUUUUUAUUUAUUAA